AUGUAUACCAUCUCCCUCUCCCUGGCCACGACCCUCCUCCUCAGCGGCCUGCUGGCAGUCGCCAUCCCGCUACCGUCCGCCGACAGCGACAGCGACGCGGCCACGGGGCAGUGGAUGGUGUCGGACGCCCACCGCACCAAGUCCAGCAAUAACACUGUCUGCUCCUGGCACCUCCGCCUAAGCGAUCCGGCACCCGCUCCCAACACCCCAGGCAGCCCCACCACCACCUACACGUGCGACUUCACCGUCGUCGCCCCGCCCGGCCAAGACUGCGGCGACCGGUCCUGGACCGUGGCGAAAUGCAGCGGCAACAACGCCUUCGUCAUCAACGGCGGCCACAGCCCCCUGCGCUUCGUCGUCAUGGUCAUCGUGAACGCGGUGGAAAAGUCCCAGGCCUUUUUCGGCUUUCCGGACUUGAAGCUCGACACGAAUACCACUAUCGCCCCCCAGAUCGUGGCCAGAAAGCCGCUGGGUGCGUCGUCGUCGUCGUCGUCGUCGGCGUCGGCGGCGGCGGCGGCUCGUGCUGCCCUGGCUGAUUUCCAUCAUGGCCCACGCUUUGAGAAUACGACGGCUGCGGAAUGGACCGUCGCGAACAUGUAUCGCCACAGCGACCCUACCACGCACGCCGUCAAUAUGAGCUUCGGCAUCCGCAACGGCGCCGCGGAACCAUUUCCCUGCUACCUGAACCUGCAAGCACCGGAGGGCAACGAGCUGGCCACAUGGUCGUUCUACGACGAGAAGUGCAACAACAGCGAUUGGACCGCGUCUUGGGGUUACACGACGGCUGGAGACGCGGGGAUCAUGACCCUCGUAGACCCCGCACGAAAGCACCGCGCGUUCUUCGGGUUUCAUCACAUCAACAAGGAUGAAAACCUGGGAACCGCUGGUCCAAGUCCAGUCGAGGCUUGUGACUGUUAA